GACGCACACACAACUUGUCUGCCAGGUUCAACGCGGCGGCUCUUUCUUUAAUUGAAGACAUGUCUGCCAGACGAUGGAACAGCAGUGGGAAACGCACUUCCUACUUUGAUAACAGGUGUGUAGACCACCAGGUGAAACAGAGCACGUCCAUCGCAGAGGCCACUUCAGUAACGGUGCAAUUAUAAUACAUAUCGCUAGAUGGCGCCAAUGGCUAAAUCACAGUGGUCUCUCUCACACAGGACUUGCUGGCUGAUAGUUUUAUUCCAGGCAGCAGAGGACGACUGGGACCUUGGGCUGCCUUUUAACAACUCUAUGGAUCUCAGUACUGACUCUGGGACACUCCCCCGCCACACCACUGUAAGAGGACCGAUGUUGGGGCAGGAACUAUCCCUGUCUAAUUCUCGCUGUCAGACAGAAACUGGAAGCACCAUCUCACUACAUUUGUUGGAGUUUAAAACCCAUCUACUUGAAGCUGUGGAGGAGCUGCAUAUUCGGAGGGAUGCAGAGACUCGCUUCGAGGAUCAGAUCAGCAAACUGGUGCUGGAGAAGCAAGAGCUGGAGUGGGAGAAGGAAUCCCUACAACAUCAGAUUGAAACAGUGGCCAACCAACACACUGAGUCAUUCCUCAAUGUGAAGAAAAAGCUUCAGGCCAAAAUCAGAAACACAGUGGAGGAGAAGGGAAAAUACCAGGUCAGUGCUGAGAUAAAAGACAAGGAGAUUAACAACCUGAAGGACGAGCUGAAGACGCUACAGGUUAGAACCCUGCCUGUGUUCCCUUCUAAUGUCACCCCCUCUUUCUUCCCAAUAAGGCCAAUCUGGCCCCAAGAAUAA